AUGAACAUUCGAUUUUCCUUCCUAUGUUCUUUUCUUCUGAUUGGCCACACAUUCGCACAGGAUGAAGUGUCUCAGUGCAAUUACGUCGGACUUGUCAAAUGCUUCAUAAACAUUUUGGACGAAUGGGCUUGGACACUUUACGAACUCAAGGAAAACGUCGUCACGAUUAGACCGGAUCAAUGUGAACACUUGAAAGAGUUGGACAAAUGUAUUAAGGAUGACCUCCCAGUUGCUCAUUCCUGCUCCCACAAUGAAAUCGUCCAAGUUUCUAAUACCGUAUCCGAUUUGCUCACCCACCGAAAGGAUUCUGGAUCUUUCUUGAGAAGUUAUUAUCUUCUCACUUACGCUUGCUCCUCCGAAGGUCAAGAGAUCCUCAGCAAACAUCGUGACUGCUUGAAAUCGGAGAAGAUUGGAGAGAUGACCCUGUCUGCUGGAACCUACUUGAGCGAGAAAUUCCUGGAACACUCAAAAGAAGACGUUUGCGAUAAAGUGAACGAGAAGCUUCAACAGUACAUUUCUGCGCUUGGUGGACUUUGCAGCAAGCACGAAGCCGCUCAGCUUAUGUGUCAAUCUUUGAAAAACAUGUUCUCGGGACUUCAUGCCGACAGAUUGGAAAACUGCGAAUUGGACUGCAAGAUUCCGGAGAACACUGACGAGGAGAGCAAGGAAGAGGUGCAACUGACCUCUGAUGCUCAAGAUGAGGAAAAUCUGGAGCAACAGCAAUCGGAACAAGAUGCUCUUCGACCAGCCGACUCUUCCAGCAUAGCCUUUUCCUUCUUUUCAAUUGUAUUCUACGUUCUUCUCAGAUGA